CACGUGUCAGUGUGGGUCUGACGAGCAGCCAUAUUAGUACAGUUCAUUCUUUCACGCGACCGGGUUCACGCUGAAGAAUGGCGAGCGCGCCGUGUACCCCGGCCGGGCCACAGCCGUUGCCUCGCGGCGGCAGCGCGACUCCUCUGAGCCCCGCGCGGAUCUCCAGGCUGCGGGAGAAGGAGGACCUGCAGCAGCUCAAUGACCGGCUGGCGGUCUACAUCGACACGGUGCGCGGACUGGAGACCGAGAACAGUGCGCUGCAGUUGCAGAUCCGCGCGCGCGAGGAGGAGCGUGCACGCGAGAUCUGCGGGGUCAAGACACUCUACGAGACCGAGCUGGCGGACGCGCGCACGGCGCUGGACAACACGGCGCGGGAGCGCGCGAGGCUGCAGAUCGAGCUGGGCCAGAUCGGGAGCGCGCACGAGCAGCUGCAGCACAUAUGUGCUAAGAAGGACGCGGACCUCACUUGCGCUCAGGCCCGGCUGAAGGAGGUUGAAGCCCUGCUGAACUCUAGAGACGCGGCGCUGAACACGGCGGUGUCCGAGAGGAAGACCCUGGAGAACGCCCUCACAGACCUGCAGAUCCACGUACAGGAGCUGGAAGGUGGGCUGGGGUCGGCUAAGAAGCAGCUGUCAGAUGAAACUCUGCUGCGCGUGGAUUUGGAGAACCGCUGCCAGAGCCUCAUGGAGGAGCUGCACUUCAGGAAGAACAUGUUUGAGGAGGAGAUCAAGGACACACGCCACAGACACGAGACCCGUCUGGUGGAGGUGGACUCGGGCCGGCAGAUGGAGUUCGACUUAAAACUGGCUCAGGCAUUUGCAGACAUGAGACAGCAACACGAUGACCAGAUCAAACUCUACAAGGAGGAGAUGGAGCAGACAUACAUGGCCAAGCUGGAGAACGUGCGUUUGUCAUCCGAGAUGAAUAGCUCUUCAGCCAGUAUGGCCCGUGAGGAGCUGCGCGAGUCCACGCUGAGAGUCGAGAGUCUGGCUGCUCAGCUCACUAACCUGCAGAAAGAGGCACGUGCGUGGCAGGAUCACAUCAGUGAGCUGGAAGCGGCUCUGAGCCAAGAGAAAUAUGUGAGCCGCCGGUUACUGGCUGAGAAGGAGCGCGAGAUCGCUGAGAUCAGGGCCAAGAUGCAGCAGCAACUGGACGACUAUGAGCAGCUCCUGGACGUCAAGCUGGCGCUGGACAUGGAGAUCAACGCUUACAGGAAGUUGCUGGAGGGAGAGGAGGAGAGGUUGAAGCUGUCUCCCAGCCCCUCGUCUCGCGUGACGGUGUCGCGGGCGUCCUCCAGCCGCAGUGUUCGGACCACGCACGGGAAGAGGAAGCGUGUGGACAUGGAGGAGUCCGAGGCUAGCAGCAGCGUGCGCAUCGCUCACUCGGCAUCUGCCACUGGAAACAUCUGCAUCGAUGAGCUGGACGUGGACGGGAAGUUCAUACGCUUACACAACAACUCUGAGCAGGAUCAACCCAUGGCAGGAUUUCAGCUGAUUCAAACUGUCGGUGAUGUUUCUGCGGUGUAUAAAUUCACUGCUAAAUACACCCUGAAGGCUGGACAGAAAGUGACGAUCUGGGCGUGUGAUGCAGGCGUGAGCUCCAGUCCUGCUGACCUGAUCUGGAAGAGCCAGAGCUCAUGGGGAAGUGGCGAGGACAUUAAAGUGCUUCUACUGAGCCCAGAUGGAGAGGAAGUGGCUGUGAGGAGCACAGCUUUCAACACCACAGUGGAGGAGGAAGAGGAGGAGGAGGACGCUGAUGUCAUCGAGGAGCGCUUCUUUCACCAGCAGGGAGAUCCACGUGCUGCCAAGAGAGGCUGUUUGGUCAUGUGAUCAACUUUUCAGCCAAUCAGAGCUGCCAGUUUACCCACCAUAAAGCUUCCUGUGUGAUCGAGUGAAAUUUUUUUUUUUUUUUUUCCCUGUAAAAUCUCUCACUUCAGUUUGUUAUUGUGAAUGUUUCAGCUUAAACUGAAUGAACCAAACGCUUUUCUUUUCAUGUGAGUUUGAGGAUGCUUUUCUGAACUCGUCCACAUCAGAUUCUGUGACUAACCCUUUUCUUUUUUAUCAUGUUUAUAUUUUAUAAGAUGGCAUUUUUGGUAUUUUUAUAGACAGUUUUUUAUAAUGGCUAAUAGUUUUAGUAAAGUUAUUACAGACCGUAGACACAUUUGCAUGGUGCUUUGAAUAAUGUUGAAGUUUUUCAUUGUAUUUAAAGCAGCUCUUUGAAAGUAAUUCACUACGCAAUCACAAGUUCAGUUGACAGCUAACCUGUCAACUGAAAAAUUCCUUAACAACAAGUCUUUAUUUUUGUCACAUUAUUUUUUUUAUGAGAGGUGACUUUUGUCCUCCAAUGUAGGAUCAGUGAAUGUUUUCUGUAUGUGAGGUUAUGGGUGUUUAUGGGAUAUGUACCAGCCUAGUCUCAAAGUGCUGCAGUUUUGUGUCUGAAGCGCUCCUCUUUCACUUGGGCGCAGCUCAUCUCCCCCAUAGAGGAGGGUGUCCAGCGGACCCUGAAAACACUGCCUGCUGAUAUGAUCAGUUAUCACAGUGUGCAAGCUAUUAAACCUCAAGAUUCAGCACUGUAUUUUUUAUUUUUUUUUUUGUGUUUUUUUUUGUUUUGUUUUUUUACAGAUUAGGUGGUCGGAGCUAAGAUGCUGAAGUUGUAUUUGUACUGCUUUUGUAUGUAUUAUCUAACAAACACUAGCUUUACACAUACGUUGAUUUAACCUUUUAAGAAUUGUCACUUGCAUGCUUUGUUUUGCUGCAGCCUUUAUAUUUCAAAUGAUUGAAUAAAGUGUUGAUUGAAUGUA